AUGAUUUAUAGCCAAGAUUAUGCUAGAUCCAUCGAUGAUGUCCGUACCAUCGUAAAACACGCUAAACUUGAUCAUAAAAACCUCACCAACACGGCACAGGCCAUCUACUAUCCAGUAGAAGAAGAUGGACACGAUUUGAAUGGUAUAAAGCUGAUAGAGGUUGAUGAAUCUAUCAUUGAAGAAAUUCAAAACGGAAAUGAAAUAUGCUUCAAAGGCGCGUUAAACGAGAAGGUUGUGUUAUGUACAGAAUCGCGUACAUACGAAGUAAAGGAGGCCGAAAUAUCAAACAGUUUGUUGUUGGUGAAAAAUCUAAAACUUGCCCAAGCAACCAGCCGUUCGCCCCUCAAAAGCCCCAAGAGCGGUGUUAACACGUCCAUGGAUAGCAGCAUUGAGGAGGAUGCGUCCGAAACGGUCGACACCGUCGAUGAGGUGGAACGCAAGGAAGUGGUAAAGAUAUUUCACGAUUAUUUCGAACUUCGGCAAGUGAAACCAAAAUACAGAAAAAUUAUCGAUCUGCUGCGAUUGACGAGGUAUGCCGGUCCGGAGAACGAGCAUCUUAUCGACAGAACGCUGUUGUUUCGGUUCAAUCAACUGCUAGAUACCAUCCAAUGCAGCAAGGACGAAUUUCAAGAGGGUCUAAAAAAAUACCGAGCCAUCGAAAUCGAUGACCGCAUACGAAUGUUGGACUUAGAAUAUGAAUACCGAGUCCUUACGUUACUUCUAUCCGUGAUAUCGGAAAACUCCUGGCAGCCCGAUGCAGUCGAUAAAGAGAUCACAACUGAAGCAAUGCAGGGCAUAAUUCCGUUCGAAGUGGUAGAUGGAAUUUUCGACGUUUAUACCUAUCCAAGCGAGCGAAUUCCGGACCGGUACCAGUAUCGCGAGGAAACUGUAUGUGCCCUAUUCGCAGAGAAGAUACUGCAACACGGGUUAAAGUUUCAUAUCGACGAGUUUUUAGUCACGUGGCAGGAAGCGCUACCAGAGGGUUUCGAAGUGAACGAAAGCUAUCUGCGUGGCAUUGGAAUAAUCGAUCGAGAAGGAAACGUGCCAUGUGUGCGAGGUUUUAACGAGGCCGAUCUUCCUACAAAUCUUCUCGGCCGACUCGAUACACUGUUUCGAACGAAGGAACGAUGGAAUCUGGAGCAAAUCGAACCGUACAUUGAGUGCUUUGCAACGCCGGCUGUGGGCGUCACGUCGCUGUUGGCCAAGUACACACGCUCGUUAGUCAUAAAAGGUGUUCGAAUGUAUGUAUCGAAGCAUUAG